AUGUAGGCAUUAGAGCUUGAAGUAGGUGCUUAAAAGUGAAAAGAUUUUAACAAAAUAGAUACGACUCUUUUCGAUGGAACGUAACUUUGGUGCUAAAUCUACAAGUGUGCUCGUCCUAUUAAACUUUACAAUAUUCGAAACAUAGUUCAAACUCCGGAAAACAAAAAAAAAAUGCAUAAAUACAAUUACCACACCGACGACAACGACGAGAACCACCUUGGCCGGGAUCUGUUCCUGGACAUUUUGACAAUAAUCGCAGUGUGCUGGAUUGCGUUUCGCGGCUGCUGCAAAUCUUGCUGCAAGCCCCAAACCAGGGAAACGGAGGAAGUGGUUCUUGCCGGUGUUGGUGCAGCCACUGCUGCCGCCCCCGAGAUUGCCCUCACGACACUCAACUAUCCGAACACGGUGGAAAUUCCCAUCGGUGGCAACUACUCCGAACUGUGGGAAGAGUGGAACGGAAUUAACGGGUUUCCGAGCCCGGGGCACGACCCACCGGUACAGCUCAGCCCGGACGAUUCGGGCCAGGAGCCCCCGCCCAGCUAUGACGAGGCCGUCAAUGGUUAUUGGACGAGGAUUUCUUCAAUGAUACACGCUUGAACGGGGAUGCGGUUUUUCGAGGUUCAAGUGAGAGGGGGAAAAUGGGGGAAAUUGGCGCAGUAACUUAUGAGACUGAGUUAGAAAUUUGUUUUUCUUCAGAAAAACAAAAGUUUUCAUCGAAUUGUAUUUGUUGGUAUUUUUUUUUAAUAAUUAAUAAAAAUGGUUAGUUCUUUUUUUCAUAAAUCAGGUAUAAUCAGCAAAUUAAAAGCCUUUACAUAUCUUUACAUUUUUGUCCUUUGCCCUUGUUUUUUUUUUUCUAUUUCUCAAUCAAUUCUCUUCUUCUCAAUUCUCAAUUUUCUCAAAUUUUUCAUUGUGCAAAGCUAAAUUGUAUACAAUCGAUUGUACGUUAGAGUCCCCCCUAAUUUGGAACUUUUGUUCAAAACGUUUGCUCCACAAGCUGAAUAUAGUUCCUUGGGGUAUUUUAGGCCUCUGGGCCAAAUAUGAGCAACAUUGGUCAACCCUUGUCACAUUGACUCAUGAGCGUGAAGUUUGAAAAUUAAUACAGCCCAGACUCGAUUAUCCAAGGUUUCAAUUAUCUGAAAAUCGAUUAUCCAAAUGUUUGUAUGGGACUUCGGAUAAUCGAAUCACGAACAAAAAAAAAUUGUUUCGCGUUGUUUUAAUUUUAACAUCAAUUUUGAGUUCUGCGACCUCAUUUUAAUCAAAUUUGAGUUGUUGAUUGCCUUUUAUAAUGAAAAAAAUGCAUUUUUUCAAUAUUUCAUUUCCACCAUUUUUGCCACCAUCUUGGAUUUGAAAAUUCUAAAUCACUUUAGAGUAGUUUAGGGGUCAUACAUUUAAGCUCAACAAUCAAAAUUAAGACAACGAAAAAAAAUAUUUUUUUUCGUCUAUUAUUCGAAGUGAAAUUUUGCCAAGGCCUUCAGAUAAUCGAGUCUGGAUUGUAUUGUAAAAAUAUAUGGAGAAAUUAAUUUUGCUACGAUUUGGUCAGCAGGAUGCCCUGUUUUCAUUCAGAAAUUCUAAAAAGUGGGAUUCAUAUUUAGCAAAUUUAUUGUUCAACAACUUUUUCGAACUAGAACUAGAAAAAUUAUAAGCUUUUUGAAGAAAAAAACAUUUUGGCAUUAAAAUCUUUUUUAUUCGCCAUUUUCAGCCUCGAGUAUCAAUGGAUUAAUCUUUACAAAUUUUGCUCAAAACUGAAACAGAAACAGUAUUUCACUUGUUGAGCAGAGGGUAUUUUUUCCUGAGCAUCCAAUUUGGACAUGUUUAUUAGUUUUUUGUUUUGUCCUGCGUUUUUUUUAUUCUGAAAUUUUCAAGGAGAUGGAAAUAAAAAUCUCUGAAAACAUUCGUUUUAGUAAGGCAAAUACUAAAAAACAAAUUGGAAGAACGGUUUCAGGAUUUGUGAAGAAACUUUGGAGAAUUUAUAAAUAUUGUUCAGCCAAGCAAACUAGAAAAAUUGUUUCAGAAUUCAUUUUGUGAAUCUUGUAAAUGUUCAAUGAAAGGAUUAUCGAUUCAACAUUGAGAUCAGAUGUGAGAGGGAUACACUUUAGGAAUGUUGUUAGAACAAACAUAAUAUUGAGUAAGUGUAGCGGAAACGUGUGACUGAAAAAGAGAUCAGCUACUUAUAACAAAUUAAGAAUAAUUGGAUACAAAUUACUAAACUAUUAAAUUAAAUUAAAUGUUUCCCUGAAGUAAAUAAAUAGUGUCAUAAACAUUUUAAGAGUCAAGUAACGAUGAAAAAGGCGUUGGAAGAAGAAUAAAAUUGGAAAAUCAUAAUAUUUAUGAAUUAUAGGGGAAAUAUAUCCAUUUUAAGCCUAAUAAGCGGUCGUGUUUGAAUGAUGCUGGAUAAUCUGGAGUGUUCCUUGAAAUUCACUAAAAC